AUGAACUCCGCCCAGCGCGCCCCGGGCCGUGGGGUCACAGCAAGGAGGAGGCUGCUCGGGGCAGCCAGGGGGCUUCGGGAAGACCUGCGGGGGACCGCCCGGCCUUGGAAGGGCCUGACCAGGAUGCCUAAACUGGAGGAGCCUGGAGAAGAGGAGGCGACAGCUGAGGGACACGAGUUCCUGCUGCCAAAUGAGAGGAGCUUUCAGAACGCUGCUAAAAGCAAUAAUUUGGGUCUUAUGGAGAAGCUCUUUGACAAGAAGGUUAACAUUAACGCCGUGAACAAUAUGAACCGCACAGCAUUGCACUUUGCAGUGGGGGCAAAUCAUUUAUCCGCAGUGGAUUUCUUGCUGAGUCACAAAGCCCGGGUGGAUGUUGCUGACAAGCAUGGCUUGACAGUGAUUCACCUUGCUGCUUGGUGUGGAAGCUUUGAGAUCAUGCUCAUGUUGGUUAAAGCUGGAGCUGACCAGAGAGCCAAGACCCAGGAAGGAAGGAAUGCUCUCCACUUUGCAGCUCAGAACAACAAUGUGAACAUCGUGGAGUACCUCAUUCAAGACUUACACCUCAUCGAUCUGAACCAGCCUGAUGAGAGAGGCAGAAAACCGUUUCUCCUGGCAGCGGAGAGGGGCCACACUGAAAUGAUAGAGAAACUUACCUUCCUUGACCUGCACACUUCAGAAAAGGACAAGGAGGGAAACACCGCCUUGCACCUGGCUGCAAUGCAUGGCCAUGGCCCAGCCACGCGGACACUCCUUACUCAGUGGCAAGAAAUAAAUGAGACCAAUGAGCUCAACGUCAGUGUUUUGCAGACAGCCAGUCGGAAUGGCCACACGUCCCUCGUCGACUUUCUUCUCAGUGAGAACAUUGAUCUGCAGCUGAGGAGGGAACCUAAGGAGUCCUCUCUUCAUUUAGCAGUCAUCAACAACCACAUUACAGUUGUAAACAGCUUAUUAAGCGCACAGCAUGAUGUCAACAUCUUAGAUCAGAAGCAGCAAACCCCUCUUCAUGUCGCUGCUGAUCUUGGAAAUGUGGAGCUGGUGGAAACCCUGCUCAAGGCUGGCUGUGACCUGAAGAUCGUUGACAAGCAAGGAAAGACUGCCCUGGCUGCAGCCUCCAGAAGCCAUCACAGCCUUGUUGUAGACAUGCUCAUUAAAGCCGAGAGGUGCUCUGCCUGGAGAGAGGAGCAUCCGGAGAGCAUCCAGCACCCACCAGCAGGCUUUAUGUUGACAUUCAAGCCAGACCACAGUCUGGAGACCAGGCACAUCCGCACGCUUCUCUGGAAUCUGGCCUACCACCAACUGAAGGCCAACGAGUGGCAGAGGCUAGCCUGCUCCUGGGGCUUUACAGAUGACCAAAUCAGAGCCAUCGGGGAGCAGUGGUCAGGUCCUGACAGCUUCCGCGAACACGGCUACAGGGCUCUGCUCAUCUGGCUGCACGGGGCCCUGAUGACGCAGCAUGACCCCGCCAAGCACCUCUAUGAAGAGCUGGUGCACGCAGGCUUCCCGGAACUUGCCGAAAAGAUUCGUCAAUUCAAAAGUAAGACUAAUUCAAGCUCCAAGAAAUGUGUGGUUUCCUAAGUGCCCAAAGAAACUGUAUUUAAAUGAUUUUUCCACUCCACAUUCAGUUCCUUACUGCCUUGAGCUUCUCCUCGCAGUAUGGACCUUCUUCUCAAGCACAAAGAUGGUGGUGGCA